CCUGGGUAUCAUCCGCUCAACUCAGCCUUCUGCCGCGCACAGGCUCCUCCUAAAAAAGACUGCAGGAGGGUCCGGGAGGGAAGGGCGCCCUGAGUAGGGGUGGGCCGGCCGGGAUCGGACCCGAGCUGCACCGAGGAUGCCCGGACCUCAAGCUGGAGGAACAAUGCGAACCAGCGCCCGUCGCUAGGACUCCUGGCUGGUGGCCCAGAACCAAGAUCCUCCGAGAGAGGGCAGCCGUCAUAACCCCAGCCCAUACAGAAGAGCCUUUGACUCUUAUGUGCUUUUUUAUUUUUCCCUUUGAAAUGAACAAUCGCGGGAACAAAUAAAGGGUUAAUGGGCUAGUCCCUGCCCCGCCCCGUGGGAGCUGGAGGGAGCAGGUUUGAAAGUUCCUGUGCGCAGAGGGAAAGGGGCGAAAUAUUUCUGCUAAGGCUAGAGGCGUGGUGGCACCCGCUGCCCCAGCCUGGGGGACGGGACUUCGGGGCGAGGACCCCCCUCCCCCACCCCCUUCGUUCCGAGGGCCUCUGCCAGGGCCUGGAAGGGCCUGCAAUCAGAGCUGGGGAGGCGUCCUCCGGGACUGUCAUCCUUGAGCAGCUUGAGACCCGGGCGGGUGACCGCCAGAGCAGAAGUGAGAGGUGACUGUGGUGUGGGUCUACUGGACUGUGAGGCACUUUAGACUGCGGUGCUCCGUCUCAGCACUGCCAAGGCUAUGCGAGAACGCAGCCAGGACAGCCAGGCAGGACUCACGCUAUAUGUAGGACUCUUUGGGCACCUGGGGAUGCUUCACAGGACCAAGUACAGCCGCUUUCGGAACGAGUCCAUCACGUCUUUGGACGAAGGGAGCCCCGGAGGCUCGGUUGGAAACAAGGGCUCAUCACCACCUCCUUACGCAGCCCUGACCCCUCACCUGCCUGCUGAAGAUGCCACUGUGCCCAACCAGGAGAGCCCCACCGCGCUGUGCACCUUGAUUCCCCGUAUGGCAAGCAUGAAGCUGGCCAACCCCGUCACUUUUCUGAGUCUGAAAACCUUCUGCCUGGGUUCGAAACAGGUGCCCCGGCUGAAGCUCCAAGAGAACCAGGAUCAGACUCCAAGCAGCCCAGCGUCCCCAGAAACCAGUCUGAAUAAUACUGGGCCUGCACCUACACCUCUUCCGGACCAGGUGGGACGCAGGCCCACCUCCUUGCGUCCUGAUACUUGCCCACUGCCUGGGCCUGGAGAACCAAACCCAAGGAGCAAGCAGGACGGACCUCCUCUGCAGCACCUGUUGGGGAACGGUCUCAACUACUGUGUGACGUACAUGGGCUGCAUUGAAGUGCUGCAGUCAAUGAGGUCACUGGAUUUUGGAAUGAGAACCCAAGUUACAAGGGAAGCAAUAAGUCGCCUGUGUGAAGCUGUCCCUGGGGUCCCUGGAGCCAUUAAAAAACGAAAGGCUCCCGUUAAGUUCCUGACAACGGUUCUUGGCAAAAGCAAUCUUCAGUUUUCAGGAAUGAAUAUAAAACUGACUGUUUCAACAAGCAGCCUCACGCUGAUGAACCUUGACAACCAACAGAUUAUUGCAAAUCAUCAAAUGCAAUCGAUUUCCUUUGCCUCUGGAGGGGACCCUGAUACCACAGACUAUGUUGCCUACGUAGCUAAAGAUCCAGUCAACCAACGAGCAUGCCACAUACUGGAGUGUCGCAGUGGAACGGCCCAAGAUAUCAUAAGCACCAUAGGGCAGGCCUUUGAGCUCCGGUUCAAACAGUACUUGAAGAAUCCUUCCUUGAACACUUGGGAAAGGGAGGAGGUCCUUGUUGAUGGCACCUCUGAAGACAGAGGCCACGACUAUUACAACUCCAUCCCAGGGAAGCAGCCCCCUGCAGGCGGCAUUUCAGAUGUGCGGAUCCAGGUUCAAGCAGAUCCAAUGGCUUACUGCCCUAUCCGGUGUGAGAAGUUGUGCUAUUUGCCCGGGACCUCCAUGUGCAGCGGCGUGUACAAGAACUGCAUGGGACGGAGCAGGCCAAUCGGUAUUCCCCACGAGAGAGCGAUGCAGAGUGACGCUGCAUCGCUGAGGCACUUCUGGCGAGUGGAUCUCUUUGAUGACCCCUGCUAUGUCAAUACACAGAAUAUGCGCGGCUGUGCUGGAAAUCAAAGCUCAACUGUGCCACAAGGGAGCCCAUGGCACCUUGGAAAAGCACCAGAGACCGUGCAGCCAGGAGCCACCGCCAAGCCUGGGAGCUCACACGCUUUGCCACACAUUAAGCAGCAACUGUGGAGUGAGGAAUGCUUCCACGGCAGGCUGAGCAGGGGGGAAGCGGAGAGACUUUUGGUGAAGGAUGGGGACUUUUUGGUUCGAGAGAGUGUAACAUCUCCCGGCCAGUUUGUACUGAGCGGACUGCAAGGCGGCCAGGCCAAGCAUCUUCUCUUGGUGGAUCCUGAAGGCAAGGUGAGGACCAAGGACCAUGUGUUUGAUAAUGUUGGCCACCUGAUCAAAUACCACAUGGAUAAUAGUUUGCCAAUCAUCUCUUCUGGAAGUGAAGUAAGCCUUAAACAACCAGUAAAAAAACAUAAUAACCCAGGACUUUCGCACUCCAAGAAAUGAUGACUCUGGGCACCGUGUCAGAGCGAUCAGAAGCAUAUCCCUUUUGUGUCAGGAGGAGUGACCAUUCAGACCUUUUCAACACAUGAAGUAGAACACAAACUCUGAAACAUGUCUUUCUUAGACCACCAUGGACCCAGGUCUUUUAUAAAACAGAGAAGUAAUAGAUUAUCUUCUGAAUAUGAAAUACUGAGAAGAGGAAUUUUGGGCCAUUUGACCCAUAUGCACGGAGGUCACUUUUUAAAGGUCACAUGGCAUUGAGGAAAAGCUGAAAAGCACAACUACAAUUUCACAUGCUAAAGACAACUUGAACUGCCUAGGCAGUGGUACGUGCCUUCACCCUGACAAUCCGGGGACAUUUUCCUGUGGGGAGAUUAGUCCCAAGUGUCUUCAUGUUCUAUAGCUACAGAACCAGUUGCCAAAAAGUUCUUCCUUGCUAGAAACAGCAAGAAGAAGCAUUUUGACUAAUAGCAUUGACUUUAUUACAUUUUGUUUAGUAGCACUUUUUGCUGCCGUGUUAAAUAUGACACUGACAUCAAACUUGGACUAUGUCGUGGUUGUGGAAUGAAAGCAAAAGUCACCGAAGGUUUCCUAAUUCUGUCUCAUUUGCUGGUUAAAAGGUUGGGGGCCAAACUCACUGGCUAGCGUUCCUUGACCUUUGCUAUCUGAGCUGUUCGUGUGCAGCAUGGGACACAUUCAGAAAGCCAAAUUCCUUGGUUAUUUCUGAUUUGGAGUGUAUGGAUAUAAAAGACAGCAAACAAAGCCAGUUUUCUUCAUGCUCAGCCCACACUGGUGCCAUUGUUGAGAGUACAGAAGGUAAUUUAAAGCAUAGCAACAUUUCCUUUUGAUUGGCGGCCACUGUAUCCUGGUGUCACCACGGUAUGUGUCCCAUCACCUUCUCUACAUGUGAUCUACAUGUGAUCAGACAAGAUGCAGAAGGGCUUGGAAAGGCCUGCCACACAGUGGACAAGGGUUCAGCCAGUGGUGAGAUUAAGAAUGCUCAGAGAAGCCCUGGGCUCAGUCUAUUCAUCACUGCGAGCCUUGGCAGUCCGUUAAACCUGUCCGGAUUCCACUUUUCUUGUUUAUAAGAUGAGGGAGCUCGAGGUACACUCAGAGGUCCAUUGCUAUCCUAACAUGAUAGUUUUUCGUUAGAAGUUAACACUAAUAAGCAGACUAUGCAGUUAGGGGUAAACAUUCAGGACUUCUCCUUUAUUCUGUGUCCAUGCUCUGCAGAUGAAAGGUUUAGUCAAAUUGCACUCACAUGGUCUGACCCUGAGUGUUUCAGCAUAGAGCAGGUGAUGUUGGUACCACGGAUCUGGUUGGUUUUAGUUAUAGUCCUUACUUGCCUGUGCAUAUAAAGAUACAGUCAUUACUGAAGAGAGGGAGAGAGGAAAGAGAGAGAGAGAGAGAGAGAGAGAGAGAGAGAGAGAGAGAGAGAGAGAGAGAGAGGAGAGAGGAGAGAGAUCGGUCAUGAGCUUUCUGGAUGGUCAUCUCAACAUCUCAACAUUUUGGCUAAGUAGACACACCUUAACCUUUGUGAUUAUGAUGUAUUUGGUAAGUUUUAAGUCUAAUAUGAGGUAGUUCUUUUGGGUAGAAAUCAUCAGAAAUCAAGUACAUUGAAGUCUGGCAUUUUUAUGUAACAGCUCACCAUUUUAUUUCUGUCACCACUGGCUUCUUAGGUAGGUUUGUUUCCUUCCCUGCAGGUAGAAAACAAUAUAUACUUCAUUGAUUUUCCUCCAUAUAUCUUAGGUCUUAGUCAUUUCUCUUCGUAAAAGGGAUCGGCAUAGUGACUUGUAGGCAACCUGCAGCAGAGACAGGGCGGGUCUCUCGUCUCCUUCCAGCUGAGGAACACAGACUGGGUGGCCAGUGGGAGUUCCAGAAGCAAGAUGCUGUGAGCGGCGCACACGGGCAGUCGACAAUGGGCGGUGCUGUCGGAACCAGGGAAGCAAA